AACACCAUCUCCGGGGACUUUGUCUACCUUUUCCAGUCAUGGCUACAUCCAGAUGCCGUCCAGAAGAGUUUUCAUGCCCCGUGUGUUUGGAAAUAUUGUGUGACCCUGGUACACUUCCCUGCGGUCAUACCUACUGCCUUCAAUGCAUCCAGAAGCACUGGGAUAAAGCUGCAGCGAAGGGCAUCUACUCAUGUCCUCAGUGCAGGCAGGUCUUCAACCCCAGACCCACUCUGGGCAGGAAUAAUAUGCUGAUGGAGGCCAUGAAGAAACUGAGGGUGCAGGAGCAAGAUGACCCCCCGUCACCUGUGCAUUCCUCUCUCACCUCAUCUGCUGCUGUGUUUGUAGAUUCUUCCUCUCAACCAGCACCCCUUGAUGGAGCUGAAGGAGCUGUUGAGGGUGUUUCAGUUCAGGGGGGAUUAUAUCCUCAGCUCCCUUUCACCUCCCCCAAGAUGUGUCCACUACACCAACAGGUCCUUGAGUUGUACUGCUGCGAUGAUAAGGAGAGCGUGUGUGAUGAAUGUAGUCUCCUGGGACAUAAAGGCCAUCGGGUGGUCCGUCCAGAUGAGGAAAAGGAAGAGAAACAGCAAGAGCUGGAGCAAAAGAAGGAAAUGAUACAAAAAAGCAUUCAAGCCAGAGAGAAGGUUAUUCAGACUCUACCACAGGUUUUGCAAGCUCAUAAGAAUGCCAUUCAGGGGCUGCAGAGGUACAGUCUGGAGACGUUUGCUGAUGUAGUGAAGAAUGUGGAGCUAAUGAGCUCCCAGGUCAUGCAACUCCUUCAAACCUAUGAGGCUUCCUCUUACAAUCAUAUAGAGGCCGACCGCUACAGACUGCAGCAGGAGAUCAGCCAGCUAUGCAAACAACAAGAGGAACUGAACAGAUUAGCUAACACUCAGGACUCCAUUCAGUUCCUAAAUGCUCUUGUCAUGCCGGGCGCUGUGGGCCAGGUUGAAAAUGCUCAGCUGGAGAUUUCCCACCCAGAGUUAGUGGAAGCUGGGAUCAGAUCAGCUCUGGGGACUUUCAGAGAGGGACUGAAUGACCUUUGCAAAGGAAGCCUGGCUAGUAUCUUCAGAGCUGUGAAUGAUGCGGCAGCAAGGGCGCCACCAACUAAUGCUCAAGCAUCAGAGACAGGCCCUGUGCCUAAUGAUUUGCAAGUUGCUUCACAAAAGACAGCUCCUGAGAUGACGGUUUCAUCUAGCAACAGUAAACCUGAAGACAAAACAAGCCAUUCAGCAGCACAUCAGCAUCCACCAGCUGCAACUGCACAACCAGCUCCUGAGAUGACAGUUUCAUCCAGCAACAGUAAACCUGAAAACAAAACACGCAGUUCAGCAACACAUCAGCAUCCACCAGCUGCAACUGCACAACCAGCGAAGGAAGCGGCUGCCUUCAAUACAGAAAACCCGGCGCCUAAAACCAGAGAUGAAAUGAUUAAAUUCCGCUUUGAGCCCACGCUGGAUCCCAACAGUGCUUAUCGUCACAUCCGUUUGUCUGAGGGAGAUCACAAGGCCACACUCCGUGCAGAGAACCAGAACUACCCGGAGCACGCUGACCGCUUCCUCUACUGGAGACAGGUCAUGUGUCGGGAACCUUUGGCUGGAAGCCCUUACUACUGGGAAGUGGAAUGGACAGGACAGAAGGUGACUAUUGGUGUGGCUUAUAAAGACAUGGCGCGCUCUGCAGCAGAUGACAGCUCCAGAUUAGGCCACAAUGAGCACUCCUGGAGUCUGUACUGGUCAGGCACUGCCUUCUCUCUGUGGCAUGCAGGGAAGGAAACCACACUAGCUGCUCCUAAAGCCCGGCACAUUGGAGUCUAUCUGGACCAGCAGGCAGGCCUUCUAGCCUUCUACAGAGUCUCUCAUAACCAGGCUCACCAGAUCUGCUGUGUAGAAACAGAAUUUAGUGCACCUCUCUACCCCGGCUUCCGCUUCUGGUCCGGAGUGGGUUCCACAAUCACCCUUUGCCAUCUGGACUAAUAAAUGCUGGAGGUUGAUGAAAAUGAGCUGAAUAUGUAAAUGUGGAUUUUCUUUUGUCUGUCACUGCAUACUGACGACAUCUUUGAUUUUGUGGAUUUUGUUUAAUGCAAAAAUAUUGUCUGAUUCACUCCACUUUUCUGUUUUU